UGGAUUGAAGGACUAAUUCAAAAAACAGAAAAGAAAUAGAAAAAAAAGAUUGGUCAACAGGGGAGCAAUUUCUGAAAGGUUUCCAAGCACACAACUUGCACAAAAGAAUAAUUUGAAGUCAACGGUAGCUAUAAUAUUGGUGUUAUUAGCUGUAAUGAAGUCAGAGUGGACUUUUUCAUUUGUUUUACAUAACACCUCUGAUCAGAAAAAGAAAAGAAGACAAGUAAAUUAAUAGGCCAACGUAGCAAAUCCAGAGAUAAAAAUUUAGAUCGGAAAAAAAAAAUAAAAAAUAAAAAAAAAAGAUGAGGAUUAAGGACAAGAAAUCAAAGUUGUUGUCUGAUGGAAAUACUUCCAUAAUCACCAAAACAAUUCAUGAAUGCGCAGAGACCGGAGAUCUCGUCGUCUUGCAGAGUUUACUUCGCCGUAAUCCUUCUCUUCUUAAUCAAACAAGCGAUGACAUCAUGUCACAUACACCGUUACAUUGCGCUGCUAAUUUCAAUAGAGUCGAGAUAAUUGCGUACUUGAUUGGAUGGGGAGGACCGGGGAAGGUGGAGUUGGAAGCUCGGAAUGUUUAUGGUGAAACCCCGUUGCACGUUGCAGCUAAGAAUGGAUGCAACGAGGCACUCAAGCUGCUUCUUCAAUCUCGGGCCUACGUUGAAGCGUCAACAAAUAACUCGAUGACUCCACUACAUCUUGCUGUCGGUUACGCACUUCGAUCAGGGGAAAACUCGACUGUGAAAACAUUGUUAGAAUACAAUGCUGACUGCUCUGCCAAAGACGACGAGGGCAUGAUUCCUUUCAACUAUCUACCAGCAGCACUACAAAAUGAAGAAUUGAUCAGACUCCUCAAAAUCAAUAUCCCAAAUCAAAAUAGGUCGUCCUCAACGAAUGAUAACAGUGGAAUACAAGGAAAGAUGGAAGAGUUUGAUCAAGAACUAUCGAAGAUAGUUGGAUUGCAUGAACUCAAACUCCAGCUCAAGAAAUGGGCAAAGGGGAUGCUCAUGGAUGAGAAACGUCGUGCCAUGGGCAUUGAUCUCGGACCAAGAAAACCACCUCACAUGGCAUUCCUCGGGAAUCCCGGGACAGGUAAGACAACUGUGGCACGAAUCUUAGGCAAGCUACUUCAAUCUGUUGGUGUACUUUCUUCUGAUAGUGUAACCGAAGUACAAAGAUCGGAUUUGAUAGCAGAGUAUACUGGACAAACGGGACCAAAGACUAGAAAAAAGAUCGAAGAAGCAAUGGGGGGGACUUUGUUCGUCGAUGAAGCAUACCGUUUAGCACCCGAGCGGGGCGCUGGUGAUUCCCAAGACUUUGGCGUGGAGGCAUUGGAAGAGAUUAUGUCCGUUUUGGAAGAUGGGGAUAUCGUUGUCAUUUUUGCAGGCUAUACAGAGCCGAUGAAGCGCGUGUUCUCUUCGAACGCGGGAUUCACCAGAAGAGUGACUCACUUUUUCCAAUUUGAUGAUUUUACAUGCAAAGAUCUUGCGGAGAUGGUGAUGAUAAAGAUGAGUAAGCAGAACAAGAAGAGCCGGUUGUACGGAUUUAAGCUCCAUCCUUCGUGCACAUCUGCCGCGGUUCUUGCGGUGAUAGAGAAGAACUCCACAGAGAAGCUGCGCAAUAAAAUGAAUGGAGGUUUGGUGGAUCAUAUGCUGAACAAUGCUAGAGAGAAUCUUGAUUCGAGGCUGAAUUUCGAUUCUAAAGGUGAUGAACUUUUGACGAUCACACUGAGUGAUUUGGAGGCUGGACUUAAAACCCUAUCACAACGAGUGAAUGUCGACUGAAACAGACAAGAAAUGGAAACCUCAAGGAUUAAAUGCAAAUACGAAUAUUUGUUGCAGGAACAUUCAUCGACAACUGCAACCGACUUACAGUUUCUUAGCGCUCGAUUCAAUUGAUUUAGUUUUGUAAGCAAAUAAACUCGAACAAAAGUAAACUUAUGAUGAAUCAGGUAUUGUGUAGUAUUGAUAUUAAGUGGAUUGAGUAUAUUUAUAUAUGUAGCAAAUUUGAAUGUA